AGAAAUGUUGACUAUUUGAUACAUUUUAUACUUAACCUCAAAAGUAGUUUAGUAUAUAAUUUCAUGUGUAAAAAUUAUUAUAAAAAGUGACAUCGUAUAUAUUACAGUAAAAUAAGUUUGAUAAAAUAAUUAAUAUUCAUAUAUUUAAUUGAUUUGAUUAAUUUAAAAAAUAUGUUGAAAAUAAAUGAGAAUCAAAUUUUUGCAAUUGGCCAUAUCUUAAACGAUCAAAAUCGACCAUUAAAAGAAAGAUUUCGUGCUUUAUUUACUUUAAAAAAUAUUGGUGGAGCAGAAGCUAUUCAACAAAUUCAUAAUUGUUUUAAAGAUGAAUCAGCUCUAUUAAAGCAUGAACUUGCAUAUUGUCUUGGUCAAAUGCAAGAUUCUCGUGCUAUACCAGUUCUUAUAGAAAUAUUAAAAGAUACUACACAAGAACCAAUGGUUCGCCAUGAAGCAGGUGAAGCUUUAGGUGCAAUUGGAGAUUCAAUUGUAAUACCUAUAUUGGAAGAAUAUAGCAAAGAUUGUGUACUAGAAGUUGCAGAAACAUGUCAAUUGGCAUUAUCUCGUAUACAAUGGUUAAAAUCAAAUAGUAAUUCAAUUAAUUUGCAAAAAAGUCCUUAUAUGUCAGUGGAUCCAGCACCACCAACAAAUAUUACUGAUAUUAAAAAAUUAAAAGAAAUUCUUUUAGAUGAAAAUAUUUCUUUAUUUGAAAGAUAUAGAGCCAUGUUUUCCUUGAGAAAUAUAAAUACUUCAGAAAGUAUUCUUGCUCUUAGUGAAGGUCUGAAAGUAGGAAGUGCUUUGUUCAAACAUGAGAUAGCUUUUGUUCUUGGACAACUUCAGAAAGAGAUAGCUAUCCCACAUUUGGAAGCUUCCUUAAAAAAUACAGAAGAAAAUGAAAUGGUGCGACACGAAUGUGCAGAAGCAUUAGGUUCCAUUGCUACUCAAGAUUGUUUUGAUAUUUUAAACAAGUAUUUAAAUGAUAAUAAGAGAGUUGUAAGAGAAAGUUGUAUAAUUGCAUUGGAUAUGUGCGAGUAUGAAAAUAGUUCGGAAUUUCAAUAUGCUAAUACAUUAGGAAAAGUUAUGGUUUAAAAUUGUAUUUUAUAUUUAUUUCAUUGUAAAUAAAUAAAAGUUUAUUCAU